AUGAUAAAAUAAGUAUAUUUUUUUUAAUUAAAGAAGAACUUCAAAAUAUUAUAUAGGUGUGAAAAUAAGAAAGAAACAUUAAAAUCAUUAUAUCUAUUUGAAUUGGAAUAUUUUAAUAGAAAUUGCAUAGGUUGCAAAAAAAGGAGAACCAAUAUUUUAUAUUUCAUCUAUGUAAUUAUAAUAAAAGAAGAUCAACUAAUAUUAGUUGAAAGUAUAAUUGUUUGA